GCCCGUCUCUCCCACCUUGCUCUCUUUUUCUCUCUCUCCAUCGCUUUCUUCUAUUUCGGUUGUCUCUAAUCAUCGCUUUCUUUUUCCUUUUUCUCUGUGGCAUUGGGGGAGGGAGUCGAGUAGAAUAAUAGAAGAAAGAUAGGAGAAAGAGGGCUCUCUGUCUCGCGAAUUGGGGGAAUAUGGAUCGUCUUUGGAAAUUGGAGUUCGUGCGGCGGCUUUGAUGCCGGAGCGUAGUUUUGGAAUUUGAUUUUCGCAGAAUCUAGGGUUUGGAUUGAGGAGUCGCACUAUAGGGUUUUGGUUUCAGAGAGUUCGGUUCUUCGUCUCAACUCUGAGUUGUUGUUGUGCUUGAACAUGCAAUGGAGCAGGCAUCUGGUGGUUUGAAACCAACAGGUCCUUCAAAUAUCUCUGCGGUGAAGACUAUGCAAAAGGUCAGAAGCAGUGCAUGGGGAAUUCCAUCUGGAUCCAAUGCUUAUCAUGGAUCAAGUGAUGCAAGCCUUUUCUCAAGUUCCUUACCCGUUCUUCCACAUGAGAAAUUGAUAGACGAGGCUUCUUCUGAAAUAAAUAAGCUGAGUAAAAAGAUGGAGGGUAAGGAUUCUGUCGAUGAUCUUGACUUUCAUGGGAUUGGGAGUCUGUUGCCUGAUGAUGAAGAGGAGCUUUUAGCUGGAAUUAUGGAUGAUUUUGACCUUAAUGGGUUGCCAAGUCAUGUGGAGGAGUUAGAAGAGUAUGAUCUUUUUGGCAGUGGAGGGGGUAUAGAGUUGGAUUCUGAUCCUAUAGAGAGCCUCACCAUUGGAAUGGCAAAGGCAAGUAUUGCCGAUAGCUAUACCGGUAAUGGGAUUAAUCAGUACAGCCUUCCAAAUGGUGUAGGAACUAUUGCUGGGGAACAUCCAUAUGGAGAGCAUCCUUCUAGAACUUUAUUUGUGCGGAACAUUAAUAGUAAUGUUGAAGAUUCAGAAUUGCGGUCUCUGUUUGAGAUAAGAGAGACUCCACACAAGCGGCACCAUAAAUUUAUUGAGUUCUAUGAUGUCAGAGCGGCAGAAGCUGCCCUUCGGGCAUUGAAUAAGAGUGAUAUAGCUGGCAAACGGAUAAAGCUGGAACCUAGCCGUCCUGGUGGAGCUCGUAGAAACUUGAUGCAGCAAUUGACUCAUGAAUUGGAACAAGAUGAAACCAGAAUUUAUAGGCAUCAUUUGGGAUCACCUAUAACCAACUCUCCUCCAGGUACAUGGGCACAAUAUGGCAGUCCAAGUGAUAACAAUCCACUUCAAGCUCUCAGCAAAUCCCCAGCUGGGGGAGCAAUGAGCUCUAUGGGCAUCAACCAUUUGCCUGGAUCAGCUUCUGUACUAACUCCUGUGAUGUCAAACUCUAUGAAAAUUGCACCAAUUGGGAAAGACCAAAACCGGGGUAACCAAAUAGAACAGCUUUCCUCUAAUAGCAGCUCAUCACAUGGUGUUGCAUUUCAGCAUUCUCAUUCCUUUCCGGGGCAUAAUAAUGGAGUUGCAAGCUCCAGUCCAGGAACCCUAUCUUCUUUUGGUCUUUCAACUUCAAAUGCAUCUGGGGUUGGAACAUUGAGUGGACCUCAGUUUCUCUGGGGCAGUCUAACUCCUUAUUCAGAGCAUUCCCAAUCAUCUGCUUGGCAGUCACCAUCUAUUGGGCACUCAUUCACUUCCAAUGGCCAUGCACGAGGGCAGGGAUUUCUUUAUUCAAAUCACCAUGGUUCUUUCAUUGGGUCAUCACACUCUCACCAUCACCAUCAUGUGGGGUCAGCUCCCUCGGGUCUUCCUUUCGAAAGGCACUUCGGUUUUGUUCCUGAGUCACAGGAUACAUCUUUCAUGAGCCAGGUCACAUACGGAAACAUGGCUAUCAGUCGAAAUGAUGGAAGCUUAAUGUUGAAUAUGAGUGCUCGGGCCUCUAUGAAUCCUGGGAUUGCUUUAUCUGGAAAUAUAUCUGAUAAUAGUUCACCUAAUUUCAGAAUGAUUUCCUCACAGAGACUGGGCCAUACAUUCUUUGGCAAUGCACCUUAUUCUGGAUCAGGUUCUGUUAGCAGUGAGGGCCUGGUUGAGCGAGGUCGCAGUCGCCGAGUUGACAACAGUGGGAGUCAAGUAGAUAUCAAGCAGUAUCAGCUUGACUUGGAAAAAAUUGUCAGUGGGGAAGAUACCCGAACAACAUUAAUGAUAAAAAACAUUCCAAAUAAGUACACCUCCAAGAUGUUGUUAGCAACCAUAGAUGAAAGUCAUAAGGGUACCUAUGAUUUCCUCUACCUGCCAAUUGAUUUUAAGAAUAAAUGCAAUGUUGGUUAUGCAUUUAUAAACAUGGUGUCCCCUUCUCAUAUCAUCUCGUUUUAUCAGGCAUUCAGUGGGAAAAAAUGGGAGAAGUUUAACAGUGAAAAAGUUGCCUCAUUGGCAUAUGCUAGAAUUCAGGGCAAAGCAGCACUUGUUGCCCACUUCCAGAACUCAAGCUUGAUGAAUGAAGACAAGCGUUGCCGCCCUAUUCUUUUCCAUUCUGAGGGGCCAGAAGCUGGUGAUCAGGAAGCAUUUCCAUUAAAUGGUAUGAACAUUCGUCUGCGGCCACAAGAUGGGACUGUUUCUGGAGGGGACCUGGCAGGAAGUCCAACAAAGGAUAAUCCAAACGAGAAGCCAGAGAAGAGCACCCUAGCUGAAGGUUCGGAAGUGUAGUGUUUACAUCAAACAGGUGGUUGUGAAUGCUAACCGUUCUAUAGGUAUUCGAUUGUAUAAAACCGUGAGAAGGAAAUCGGAGGUGCAAUUGUCUGAUGGGGUGCAUCCACUUUUUAAGUGAUGGAUGUGCUAUUGCAUAUAUUAAAUUGUGCAUGAAGGAUAGGUUUGACGGUGCUCCUUUUUGUGUAUAGAAAGAAAUUGAUGUCUAAUGGUGUAUAGGUGAUAUUUUAAAUUGGUCCUUCAGCAACCACAUUGCUCGUAAUUGAGCAUGGUUGCAGCCAUUUCUUUUGGUUCUCUUAUCCCUAUAUUUAGUUUUUCUUGUACUAUGUUUAUUUCGUAAUUAAUAUAGUUUUGAAUUGUAUAAAGGGACAUAACUUGCUUGGUCACAAUCUUAUUUUUAGUUAUU